AUGACGCACACAAGCGGCGUCAGCUACCAGGCGGUGGCGUCAGACGAUGACCAUGCUGGGUCUUCACUGCUCGCCUACUAUCCCGCCGAUCAGGCGCUCGUCAGCAAAGACGGUGCCGGCCCGGAGUCCGGUGCCGCGCCGGCCGCCAGUCCGGCCGAGCCCAAGCGCUCCUUCAACCUGGCCACGCUGAAGGUGAUGUUCCGUCUCAUUGGUAUCGGCAUGAGCCGGACCGACGACAACUGGGCCCUCGGCUUCUACCUGGUGGCCAUCAUGACCGCUCUGCUGGAGCAGGUGUUUGUCUACUUUGUGGGUAUGGUGCCAAGCACCAUGUACAUGUCCCUCGUCGGGCGUGAUUUGGACAUGUUCCUCCAUGCCACGGUCAGUGGCUUGGUGAAGGUGAUGCUGGUUGCUGUGACCAUGACCGUGUCGUCCCUGCUGCGCGACAUGCUGGUGGUGCACAUGCGCCGGCGGCUGACUCGCUACCUGCAUGAGCGCUACUUCCGUGCCCACAACAUCUUUGGCAUCCUGCAAAAGACCGCCAUCGACAAUCCCGAUCAGCGCAUCACCACUGAUGUCCAGCAGUUUUGCGAGCAAACCGGCGAGGUCCUCUCGAAGGUAGUCAUCUGGCCGGUGCUCGUCGGCUAUUACACCUACCAAUCGGCGGUCAUCACUGGCUACUAUGGGCUGCUCCUCAUCUUCCUGUUCUUCCUCAUCUCGGCUGUGGUGAACAAAGUCAUCGCCGGCAUCUUGGUUCCCAUGUUCUACGAGCAGGAGCGCCGUGAGGGUGACUUCCGAUACCUGCACGUGCGCCUGCGCAGCUACUCCGAGUCGAUCUGCCUUGCGGCUGGCAUCGACUACGAAAGCGAGCUCGUGGAUCGGGCCCUGAACAACCUGAUCUUCCUGCUGGUGCGCCUGGCACAGCGGCGUUCCAUCGUCAACCUCUCGAAGAACACGGUGUCCUACUUGGGCUCGAUCGUGAGCUACAUUGUCAUCGGCAUUCCGCUCUUCACCACGUCCAUGUAUGACGACCUGGACCCGGAUGCGCUGUCGGCCCUGAUCAGUCAGAGCUCCUUCAUCAACAUGUAUCUGAUCUUCAACCUGACAGAGCUGUUGGCUCUGACUGACAGCUUCGCCGCCCUCGGCGGGUAUGCCCAUCGUGUGGAGGAGCUCAUCGACAGCCUCGCCGAACUGGAGAAGGGAGCCGCCACCGAGGAGGCAUCUGCCACUGGUGGCAAGUGCUCCGCCAUGAGCGGGUCCCUCACGUGUGAUAGCUCCUCCGACGAGUCGCUCGCCAGUGCCGACCGGCAGUAUGCCCCGAUUGCCGAUGCCCACCAGAGCAGCUUCUAUCCGCCGGCCGACGAACACAGCGUCAACUUUAGCGACCACACCUCCAUGUCAAGCAGCCACGCGGAGAUCGGCAGCGAUGUUGUUUUCGCCGCUCGAGAGGUUUCACUCAGCCCGCCAAUCAACCACGCGGCAGUGGCGGCGGCAGCGGCCACGGCCACCGGCGCGGGUGCCGCCCAUGGCAACUGUCUGGACACCACGCCGGCCAAGAAUCCGCCUCUCUUCUCGGCCCUCAAUGUGGAGCUGACCCGCGGCAAGCACCUGGCGAUUGUCGGUCCUCCGGGCUCCGGCAAGUCGUCUCUGCUGCGUGCGGCGGUUGGACUUUGGCAGCCGGACCAUGGUGAAAUCCAAGUGCCCGAACUGGAGACCUGCUCGCUGCGCAAGCAGCACCGCCUGAAGGCCACGCAGCGGGGCCAGGUGUCCCCGACGACCGAGCCACCCACCGAAGUCACCCCCCUGUCGGCGGCCCAGGAUGCCGGGGCUCCUCCACACGUGAAUGUCCUCUUCCUGCCCCAGGAGCCGGUCCAGGUGGUUGGCGAUCUGCGCGCGCAAAUUGUCUAUCCUCUCAGCCCAAUCCAAUAUCCGGGCAUCCUCCCUGCUCCCUCUCGAUAUGUGUACAUCGACAACCUGACGGCAGUUCUGCCAGCGUCCCUCAGUCACCCGCGGGGUGCCGACGAGGAUGCGUAUGCCGAUGCCGAUGCGGUUCUUCGUUUCAGUCUCGUGGCCAAGUCCAUGCUGGUCGACCUGCUGGAGCGUGUGGGUCUGUCAUACCUGCUCCAGCGCUCCGGGUCGGAGCGCACGUUGGCCUGCGAUACCGGAGCCAAGGUGCCUUGGUCGCUGACAAUCAAGGCAGCCCCGACACCAGGUGCAGCCACGACCUCGGCGGGCCGUACUGCGCCGGCCACCCUGACGGCGUCCUUCUCGCAGCGUCUGUCCCCGGGCGAGCGGCAGAAGCUGGCCUUUGCUCGAGUUCUCUUCCACAAGCCGCGUCUGGUGCUUUUGGACGAGGCAACAAGCUCGCUGGAUCGCCACUCCUCGGCCAAGCUGUACGAGGAGCUCUUCCGGGUGUAUGGGGGGUCUGUCGGCGGCACUCCCCAUUCUCCUGGGCCGCUGGAUGGCAAGGGCGCCACCCUCCCGGAGGGGGGUUAUGGCGCCGCGGCCGACCCGCAGCUGCGUAGUGCCCACCACGCCGGCCCAAGCGGCACCAUCAUCAGUGUGGUGCACAAUCGCACGUUGGUGCCCUUCCACUCGCACGUCCUGGAGCUUGGAGAGGGCAGCCGCCCGGCCUCCGGUGGGGCGGCUUCCGGAUCCAACUGGCGCCUGUCCACCCUGGCUGCCUUCCAAGCAGCGUCCAUGUCUGAUGGUUUCUGA